CCCCCACUCCCGCGAGCCCGCUGUGCGCAUUUCUUUCUUUGCAAACUAUACAUCCAUGCCGUCCGAUAAGAAACGGCCAACCAGGCUUCAGAAUGCCUGCGAUUUCUGUAAAAUGAAGAAAAUUCGCUGCGACAGCGCUACAAGACCCGAUAAUAUAUGCACCAAUUGCUUGAAGGAAGAUAUCAACUGUACUCAUACUAUUGGAAAGAAGAAACGCGGUCCAAGGACAGGGACUUCCAUUCGCAAGCACGCCGCUUCCGUUCAAGCUAUAAUCGGCGCUGUGAUUGCGGAACCUGAAACUUACGCUGUACCAGAAGACCCCAAUGUUGUUCGGAAAAUGCUAUUAGAUCUUUCAUAUCACGCACGCUCCCUCGAAAGACAGGUUUCUCGAUGGAAGCAAGCCGCGACGCAACAAGGGACACCUGGGCCAAUGUAUCCCGCUGUUGAGACUUCGUUGAAUAUUCUCGGCUGUCAGGAGAGUGAUAGCGAUUCCGAUGGAUUCGAUUUGUCAGAAAGUGAUACCGACCUUCUCGCAGGCUCCCUAAGAGAAAUCAAGAUAAUAACAGGUGGCAAAGAGGAUCCAAUAAUACGGCAUUAUGGUAAAACAAGCAAUAUGACAAUGAUGAAAACGGCAGUCAGAAUCAAGAAGGAGAUUCUAGGGGAUCAAAUGCAACUUCCCUCUUGUAAUGGGCACGGGGGCGAAAAGUUUCUGCGACGACAAGAGUUCUGGAGCUUGUAUCCUUGGCAACUUGAAGGAGAAGAACGACAGCCAUUGACGUUUCCCGAGAAUGAUCUCCUUUGCGAACUCGUCACUUCUUACUUCACCUAUUUCCAACCCUACAUCCCGUUGUUACACCGUCCGUCAUUUGAGAGAGCAGUUUCCGAAGGUUUGCAUCUCCGAGAUCCCAGGUUUGGGACUGUCCUCCUGGGCGUAUGUGCUGUCGCCUCUCGAAUUUCGGAGGAUCCUCGUAAUCUUGUCGAAGGGGCAGGCGCUAAAUAUUCAUCGGGAUGGCCAUGGUACAAGCAAACCUUGCCUCUGAGAACGACCUUUGCAAAAGCACCGACAUUAUAUGACCUGCAAACAUGCUGUUUAUCAGCAAUGUACCUCAUGGGUACAUCUGCUUCGGAUUCGAUGUGGACUGUCGUGGGACUCGGAAUACGCAUCGCGCAAGACAUGGGUUUGCAUAGGAAGAAAAAGCGACGACCUGAAGGUCCGUUGAAUUGGAGAACACUAAAAAGCGAACUUUGUACGCGCGCGUUCUGGGUGCUGCUGAAUUUUGAUGUGGUUUCGAGUCUCUCAUUCGGCCGUCCGAGAGCUACCAGUAGCGAAGAUUUUGAUCUCGAGUGGCCGAUGGAAUGUGACGACGAGUAUUGGGAAAACGAAAAUCCUGAACAGCCUACCGAUGUUCCUUCUAGGAUCUCCUUCUUCGUUCACUAUUGCAAGUUGCUCGAGAUCCUAGGUUUUGCACAACGUGCACUUUAUCCCACCAACAAAUCAAAAACUGGCAAGUACAUGGGCGUUGGCUGGGAACAGGAUGCAGUCAUAGAACUUGAUUCUGCUCUUAAUCAAUGGUCAUCGUCUGUUCCCGAGUACCUAAAAUGGGAUUCCAGUAGAGAGGACGGGUUGUUCUUUCGCCAGUCUGCUGUGUUAAUUAUGUUUUAUUAUUGGACCCAGAUGCAGGUACACGGCCGGUUUCUUCGAGAAUUACCCGGAAAGAAUGGGUAUUCGCUUCCACCCCCAUCGUCUCCUGCAAUGACCAUUUGUGCGAAUGCCGCAAGAUGUUGUGUUCGGGUUAUAGAAGUUCAGCGACAACAUCAAGCUCAAUUUCCUGUUAUCUUCAUAGUUCCGGUGUUUAGUACUGCGAUUAUAUUGCUCUUAUGCAGUUGGACGAAGAGGAAAACGGAAUCGCCUUCGAACAUAAACAAAGAAAUGCAGGAGGUACAUUGCUGCUUGGAUGUCAUAUCUACGUAUGAAAGGAUCUAUCAAACAGCAGGUCGAUUGCACGAUAUCCUGCGUUCCGUCAUUUCCAUGGGCGAUCAGCACUUCCAGGAUAAUGGUGCUAAUUCGGGAACAUCAAACACAUGUUCCGAGCAUUCCAAUGGUCCAAUUUCACAAGGUAAACACAAUCAUGUUUUUGUCGUUGAUUCUACUCGCCGAAACACAACUAAUUGAACCCAACUAUUCGAUGAAGACCGAGGUAGCUCAACUGGUAACAGCAGUACCUCAGCUUCACCAUUCUCGUUCGAUCGUGAUAUUUUUGGACCUGGUCCACUCUACCCCUCGAGUGACAUGUAUGCAAACAAAAGUCUCUCGAAUGCUUCUUAUUCAGGCUCCGAAUUAUUUGGUGACCCUCAGUACUUGCAGAUGGAUGGUGUGAUACAG